GCGUCUGAAGGGUUUCAUUGGAGAUGAAGAAAGAAAGGGCAGUUUCAAGGAAGUGACGGACUACCCUCGGAAGACUGGUCAGAGGAAGUUUGCUUGAUAAUGGUGCUGUGCUGCUGAGCGAAACUUUUCCCUCUUGAGUCGUGGAUCGGGACGGAAGGAUCCAUCAGGACGGCCGGGGGAGGGGGGAAGCUUUGGUUCCCUCGCUCCAUCUGAAGCUCCGAGUAAUAAGUUGAGCCUCCUGUGAUUUUUUUUCUUCCACGGAUUAGCGAUGGGGAAGGAGCAGGAGCUCGUGGACGCAGCGCGCACCGGGAACCUCGCCGUGGUGGAGAAGCUUUUAUCCGGGAAACGGCAGACCGCAGGCGGCUCUGGGAGCGCAGGAAGCGGCGGCAGUAGCAGCAGCAGCAGCCACGGAGCGUCCUCCCAUCCGCUGUCCAGUCUGCUCAGCAUCUGGAGAGGCCCCAAUGUGAACUGUGUGGACAGCACUGGAUACACUCCUCUGCACCAUGCUGCCCUCAACGGACACAGCGCCGUGGUGGAAGCCCUGCUGCGGAACGAGGCCUUGACCAACAUCGCCGACAAUAAGGGCUGCUACCCGCUCCACCUGGCCGCAUGGAAGGGAGACCAGCACAUCGUGAGGCUCCUCAUCCACCAAGGACGCUCAAACCCCCAAAUCAACGAGCAGAGCUCUGUAGACCAUAAAGAGUUCAAACGCUGUGGGCCCUUUGACCCCUAUAUUAAUGCCAAGAACAAUGACAACGAGACGCCGCUGCACUGUGCCGCCCAGUAUGGUCACACCCAGGUGGUGCGCCUGCUGCUAGAGGAACUGACCGACCCCACCAUGAGGAACAACAAGUUCGAGACGCCGCUGGAUCUGGCUGCACUGUAUGGUCGGUUGGAGGUGGUCAAGCUGUUGCUCAGCGCACAUCCUAACCUGCUCUGCUGCAACACCAAGAAACACACACCUCUGCACCUGGCUUCCCGGAACGGACACCUGUCUGUGGUGGAAGUGCUGCUGGACGCUGGCAUGGACAUCAACUAUGAGACAGAGAAAGGCAGUGCCCUCCAUGAAGCUGCCCUGUUUGGGAAGACAGAUGUGGUACAAAAGCUACUCAGUGCAGGUAUUGAUGUGAACAUUGUUGACCAAAAGGGUUUGACAGCGCUGGACACUGUCAAAGACAUGCCCUCCCAGAAAAGCAGAGAAAUAGCUGCCCUCAUCCUUGGGCACAAGACUGGAAAACCCCCCGACAUCGACCUUCCUCCUCCGCCCGUUCCUCCACCCCAGGAGAGCUCCAGUCCGAGGAAGAAGGGUAACCAGGACAAAGUGACGGUCCUCAUAUCGGGGCUGGCCCCCGACCCAGAGGAGGAGAGCCCCUAUGAAGCUCUGUUUGAAGCCACUUCUUGCCAUUCUUUAGACAGCCUCACCAGUGGGAAGUCCUCCGACAGGGACUCAGGACGGCCCGACAGCGAAGUUGGCAAGAAAGACCGCAUUGUCCCAUCGCAUCCUGCCGCAAGUCACGAGGAAGAGGGAAGCUCAGAGGUGCAUUACACAGGUAGCAGUAUAAAUGAAAGGAGAGAGGAAGCAGAGGAUCACACGUACGAGUUGUUGUUGACUGCAGAGACCAAAGUCCCACCGCCCAGUCUGGACUCCCAGCCCAAUAAAGAAGAGAAUGCCACUACACAGUCUUCCAACAGUGUCCUACCUCAGCGCAAAUCCUCUGUGCCCCCCAAUGACCUCAGACCCCCAAGUAAAACAAAAGACAGUCUGCUGCCCCCUGCAUGGAUGGCUCCAAAUGCACCGGGAGAUAACUUGCAGGGCAACCAGGAUCAGGGAGCAGGUGUCCCAGAGCAGUUUACUGGCCUUUUGCACGGUUCCUCUCCCGUCAUCGACAGCCACGACGACGCCUUCAGACUUCCAGGUGUUUUGCCACCCAACCAGGGCCAACCAGAAACGAGGAAAUCGAACAAAGCAGGAGGAAAGCCACCAGCUGCUUCCGGUUCUCCUAGCCGACCCAGCAUGGCCGCAAUCCUGACAGACUGCGAUCCAAAAGCAAUUUAUGCCACUGUGAACAAGGAGCCCAGAGACUCUGCCGCGGGGGCAGGAUCUGUCAUUAGGAUGCGCCCUCCUGGUGACCUGAAACUCGCCCGGAGCCUCUCCAAAUCCGACUCUGACUUGCUCGUAUCGCCUCCUGGCGAGGAGGAAGGGGGACUGGGGAACCGGAGCGAGUCUGUUUCCAACUGUAGCACCGGCAAGAAGAGGCUUGAGAAAUCUCCCUCCUUCACCUCAGAAUGGGACGAGACACAGAUGUCUUCUUCUGUCCCAAAACAAGGAGGAUCUAAUUCCACCGAAAGCAUUGAGAAGAUCAUGACUCUUAUCGGAGCUGGCAUUGAUUUCUCCAGAGAUCAGCACUAUGCUUCACCAGCAGGUGCUGCAGGCCGGCUGCUGGAGCAGCCUGUGGGGGACUGGCUGGAGCAUGUGGGGCUGCCGCAGUACGAGAGCAAAUUGCUGCUGAACGGCUUUGAUGACCUCCACUAUAUGGGAAGCAAUGUAAUGGAGGACCAAGACUUGAGAGAGAUUGGAAUCACAGAUCCAAGCCACAGAAAAAAGAUCCUGCAUGCAGCAUGCUCCUUUCCUAAGGUAAAAGCCCUGGGAUGUGAUGGCAGCAGCUCUCUGUCCGCCUGGCUGGAGAACCUGGGUCUGCAUGAGUACCUACCCAACUUCCUGUCCAGCGGCUACCGUAGCCUGGACUGCGUGAAAAACCUUUGGGAGCUGGAAAUCGUCAAUGUGCUUAAGAUUUCUUUGCUCGGUCACAGGAAACGCAUCAUAGCGUCGUUAGCCGAAAGGCCUUAUGAGGAGCCUCCUGUCAAACCUCCUCGGUUGUCUCAAAUCAGGUGUCAGGAACUGCCAGGAUCCCAGAACUCAUCCCCUCUCAGUCUGAUGGAGCCCUACGCCGGUCGCUCAAUGGACCCUCUGCUGCCUGCAGCAGAUUCAGGCAGAAAAACAGCAGCAGAAUCAGAUUAUGAUUUGGCCCAAAGAUAUCAAAGUGGAAGACAGAAGCCUCAGGAGCGAUACGAAGAGAUUCAUCAAGAGCCUCGGCUGACCUUGCGACCACCGAGUCUAACCGCGUAUGCCCCCGUCCAGAACUGGCACCACCAGCCGGAAAAACUCAUAUUUGAAUUCUGCGCCUAUGAAGCUAGUUAUCUGGGUUCUAUGCAAAUCAAAGAUCUGAGGGGUAUCGAAUCAACGCAGGAUGCUUGUGCCAAAAUAAGGAGGUCCACAGAACAAAUGAGAAAGGUCCCAACCAUUGUUCUGUCAAUCACCUACAAGGGUGUGAAGUUCAUAGAUGCAGCGAACAAGAAUAUAAUCGCAGAGCAUGAGAUCCGUAACAUAUCAUGUGCAGCCCAGGAUCCAGAGGACCUGUGUACGUUUGCCUACAUCACUAAAGACCUGCAGACCAGCCACCAUUACUGCCAUGUCUUCAGCACAAUAGAUGUGAGCCUGACCUAUGAGAUUAUCCUGACGCUGGGCCAGGCAUUUGAGGUGGCCUAUCAGCUGGCACUGCAGGCCCAGAGGACCAAACAGCAACAGGGCCUCCCGGCGGGAAGCAGCUCAGACGGCAAUGAAACCAAGUCCAGUCGACCUGUACCCAAACCAAGGGGGAGUGUUCGGAAGUCGGGGGGGGAUUUACUGGAGCAAGAGGGGGAUUCACCGGCCAACAGCAGUGCCACAUGGCUCGUGGAUCCAAAGGAAUCGAAACGCUCAAUCAGCACUAAGUAUGAGACCACCAUAUUCUGAGAGAGGCCCCCUCUGCUCCUCCUCUUCCUCCUUCUCCUGGGUCUCGCUGUUACUACUUCCCUCCUUCUGUGUGCCUUUCACUGUGACUUAGCCCCUUUGUUUGGCUGGACACCCCCACCCCCCACCACCACAAACCCCCUGACAGCCCAGCCCGUUACAGUUACUCACUGAUCUCCAUAGCUCCUUCUCCAAGUUGAGCCACCAUUGCUUGUACGCCUUGCAUUGAUUGUUAUUGCAGUCAGUCUGCAAGUCUGCCACUAACACAUACUGUCCUUUAACUCACUUCUUUCCUUUUUUCCCCCUCUAACUGCAACCAUACUGUUUUCUCUCAGUGAUGAGCUCUUUCUUUUCCGCUACAUCAGGCGACGGCCACUCUGAAGCUUUUUCCUUCUGAUCUUUCACCUCCUGACUUCUCAGAGUUCUGAGAAAAAUCCGAGAGCCACCCGCUGCGCUCGCACCAUACGCAGAUGGAUGUUUCCGGAAGAACACUGUGGAUCUGCUCUUCUAAUUCUAUGCAUCCAUCAGGCUUUAGCAGACUAGCCGUUUAGUUGAAUGCAAGUGUUUGGGAGUUGCGGGGAAGUUUCCUACUGUUUACUGCUUGCUUUUAGCUAUCCGUGCUAAAGUCUUAAAGCACUGUGAGCAGCUUGUUUAGGGGGAUUUUUUUUUAUUGUAAGAAAGAUUAAAUCACACUGAAAAUAAGUCCAAAUUAAGGUGCCUUGCACAUGUGUUGCUGCCUUUUGAGUUUUCUCAUUUUUUCAGUGCGUUUGUCUUGGGUAUCUAGAGUAUCUGACAAAAAAUGAGUGCACCCCUGAUAUUUUAUUGUAAUAUUGUAUUCUGUUUUCCUAGAACAAUGCUGAAAAUAUGACACCUGGAAGUUACAAUUAUCAGCAUAUGGCUUUUGUUUUAAUGUAAGUUUGUGGUCCCCUUAAGAAAACUCGACCACAACAUUGUUUAAACCGCUAACACUAAAAGUUAUUACACCCCUAAGCAAAAAUGUCCAAAUUGUGCCCACGACUGACAGUAUGCACCCCCAAACCAUGACACUCCAACCAUCAAACUUGGCUAUAGUAGACAAAAAGGAAAUCUUUAUCUGCCACACAUGCUUGACUUCACCCAAAUCAUAGAAAUUUAUCUGGAUCUCAUCAGACCUCAAUAAUUUGGUGGCCUUUGUCUUCUUUUCUUCAUCAAACUCUGUGAGGGAUUUCUGCGUAUCUCUUCAGAUCAUCCACCAUAGCAUCAAUAUGCAUCAAUACUUUUGCAAGGUAGUGUAUAUUUGGACUUGCUUUGAUUUGUGGAAAUGGAGCAAAAGGGUGCAAACGGCGUGCUUUUCUACAGUGAGCUAACAACAACUAAGCACUUUUACUUAAUUUUUGCGUAGAAACAAAACUGCCAAAGUGUCCAGCUUUCAUUUUUUUCUUCUAUUUAUGACAAAUGCCUUCAAUGUUUUUUCUGUCUGCAUUGCCUUUUGGUAAUAUUGCCAACAACACCUUUUUUGGUAUGUGCAUCACUGCUGCUGGGGG